AUGGCAUCUUUGUGGUUAUUGAAGGGUAAACGGUUCGAGAGGGCGUUUCGCAUGGAGAGUCAUGAGAUAGUGAGGUUCACACACACUAAUAAGAGAUUAAACAUUCUAAAAUCUAUGAGGAACCAAGGUGCUUUGAUCCCAAUAACUCCACGGCAGAGGGUUCAGAUUCUGGGUUCCAUCGAGUUGUGGCAAACAGAACCUUUUGCUACGGAGCAACAAAGGAGAGAACACUUGAAUAAUAAGUACACGGUCCUGAGGAAUUUGGUUCCUAACCCUACCAAGGAAGACAACAGCCAACCUAGUCCGUCGUCCGGAACGAUAUCUCGGAGGCUUUUCGAUGAGUACCGUAAAUCAGUUAUCGGCGUUGUUGAAUCUGAGGGUGCCUUCUUGUUUCACUGUAGCAGCCGUGUUCCAGGUCUGGCUUUCAAGAACAGUCAGCAUUACAUUGAGCUGAAUGAAUCCGACCUUCAGAGAUUGGCAUCCAAUGAUGCACAGCGCCUAUUUUAUCGGGAAGCAAGGAUUAAGACUGCAGUAUUCAUGGCGUGCAAGAGCGGAGAAAUUGAGCUAGGCUUGUCCAGUAUGACACAAAUUAACAUGGAAACGGAGAUGAGCAAUUGGUUCCCGAAGGACUUAGUCCCUCGACAAUCGGCAGCACAAGAGAUUCGAGGACAAGUGCCUGAUCCCAAUCGACCUUCAUCAUCUUCAUCCUCAUUAAGAUCUGUAUCCAUGGAUAGCCCAGAAUACUCCUCUCUUAUAUUCAACAUUCCAACCACAUCCCAAAUACCAGAUACCCUCAACGAGGUUCCUUCAUUGCAUCCAAUAUUACCAACCACAAUUAGUCCACACCACCAAGUCAUGCAAGCAUUUGCUCAAAUGCGAAACAUUCAAUUACCAACGCCCGAGAGUGAGCAUGCUGCAAUGACAAGAGCCAUUUUUGCUGUUUUAACUUCCCCUACUUCUUCUUCAUCAUCAUCUCAGCAACAUCAACAUCAAAAUCAACCCCAGCGGCCAAAUCUACCUCUCAAUUACCGAGUAAACCCGCAACCGAGCGCGUUCAAGAAGUAUAAUUCAGCUUUAGCUCCAGCAUCUCAAAUGGCAAAGCGGACGCAAAGUAUGCUGAAACGAGCGAUUUCAUAUUAUAGGAGGCUUAAUAAUGCGAGACGUGAACAUGCGUUACAAAACCGCCCCACCAACACUCAAUUGCACCAUAUGAUAUCAGAGCGAAAAAGGCGCGAGAAGCUCAAUGAAAGCUUCCAGGCGCUCAGAUCACUACUUCCACCUGGAACAAAGAAAGACAAAGCAUCAUUGCUUAUUAAAACAAGAGAGUAUUUGAGCACAUUGAAAGAUAAAGUGGCAGAACUUCGUGAAAGAAACCAGAAAUUGGAGGCCCAAAUUUUUCCGGCUCCGGCUCCUGCUGCCGUAGCCAAAGAAGUGGGUGCUGAAGAAGCAAGAGGUUCUCCGAAUCAAAGACCUCAGAUACUUGUUAUUCCUGUACCUGAAUCAACCUCGGAAGAGAGAAUUGUCGACUUGAGAGUGAGUGUAACAGCAGAAUGUUCUAUGGUGGAUUUAAUAAUCCGCAUACUGGAAUUAUUGAAACGAGUUAACGAUGUGAGCUUGGUGUCCAUGGAAGCCAGUACCAGGACAGCGGAAUCAAGUUCUUCUAAUCAUGUAAUCUUCAGAUUGAGAAUUCAGGGAAACGAAUGGGACGAAUCAGCUUUCCAGGAAGCAGUAAGAAGAGUUGUUUCUGAGAUGGCACAUUCACAAUGACAAUGACA